UUUGUUGUGAUCAAAUGAUGAUUUAUAAGUGUACGGUGUGUAAAUGUCAUGAAUUUGUUAUGAUUUACAAUGGAUUCUGAUGUGACAUGCUAAAUAUUGAUCGGAAUAAUUAUUCACUGAUAAAAAAUUAGAGAAAAAUAAUAUUAAAAAUGUUUCGUGAAUCAGCUAAAAUUGUUAUAGAUGUUGAGGAUUCACCGUCAGCAUCUUAUGUCAGUAAUGUACGCAUGGAAGAUUUGUUGGAAAAAUUAAAACUAUUAAAUUACGACACUGACUUUGUACAAGAAUUAAAAAUGAAGCCAAUUAACAGGCAUUACUUUGUCAUACCAACAAAUCCCGGUGAGCAGUUUUAUUUAUUUACUUCAUUAGCAGCCUGGCUAGUAAGAAAAGCUGGAAAAAAUUUUGAACAACCCCAAGAAUCAGAUGAUCCUAAUGCGAUAAUUGCACUGAUAAUGGACCAUGUAAAAGAAUUCGGAGUAUCUGUUGAAUUUCCACCGAAUAAAUUGAAACAGGGUGUUGGAGAGCAUGCUAUUUACGUCCUAGAUAGCUUGGCCGAUCAAGCGAUAAAAGCUUCCAAGUUCAAAUGGAAAAAAGUUGAAAUUCCAGCAGAUGAGCCGGAUCAAGAGCCAGAAAUAGAGGAUGAUGAUGCCGAAUUGAUUUUAGAAAAAGUUGAGGAAGAAAUGAUGGCCGAUUACGACGACGAAGACGAUGACAUUCUACACAUUGAUGAUAUCACCAAACUCUACGGAAAAACAAUGGAAGACGUCCAGAAGCCUGAUAAUAUUUUGGAGUCUCAAACAGACGCUGAAGAAUGGAAACUUGAACUGGAGCGUGUUCUUCCUCAGCUUAAAGUUACUAUAAAAACAGAUUCCAGAGAUUGGAGAUCACACCUAGAACAAAUGAAGCAGCUGAGAGCCAAUAUUUCGACGGGUUUAAAUGGCACUAAAAAUCAAUUAGAUAAAUUGCACACGGACAUUGCAAAUACGCUCGAUAAGAUAAAGAUGCGGGAAAUGUAUCUCAAUAAACAAUUAGAGCCUACCUUAGUUGAAUUCAGGGGUCUACAGGAAGAACUAUUAAAAAUAAAAGAACACUAUCGCGAUGUGAGCGGCGGAGUGACGGAGCGUACGCGUACAUUAAAUAAAUUGUCAGAUGAACUAGAGCAAGUGAAAAAAGAAAUGGAUGAGCGAGGCUCCAGCAUGACUGACGGAACGCCACUGAUAAACAUAAAGAAAACUAUCACAAAAUUAAAAUCCGAGAUAUCAGAAAUGAACGUGAGGGUCGGUGUCUUAGAGUAUACACUUAUGUGCACGAAAAUUCGUGACAGAGUUCAGAUGCAAGAGGACAUGAACAAUACGACCAAUACAUUGAUAAUAAAAUAAACUAUUAAAUUAGUUUUGUAACAAAAAACAAAUCAGUCCGUCCAUUAACUGGUACUCAGGUAAAAGUCAUCUAGUCCGAUUACCAAAUACUUCCUAAGGAUAAUUUAUUUUAUUUAAACGAUCAAUACUUUGAUAUAAAUAUUAAUGCACAGUAUUUAAAAAUCUAUUGAAACUUUUUUUUAAAUAAAAGUAUCUCAAGUAUAUUUUCAUCCAA